AUGAGCUCCAAAAUUGCACAGCCAAACGUUAUUACAGUCAAGGUAGAACCUGUCACGGCGGCGGAAGACUUCACUAGAUUUUUUGACGUCACGGCACUUGCUUUUGGUCAACAGGUCAAUGAUGGAAUAUGGACUGCGAUGAAUUCGGGAUGGGAUACGCCCAAGGGGAGAGAAAUCGGUAUACAUCAUCUUAUCAACCGGUGGUCUAGUACUACAAAAGAUCGUAAUGGCAAUCCGAAUACAAUUUUCCUCAAGGCUACUGUGUCACGUCAGGACGAGCCUGGUAAGGAAGAUAUUGCUGGGGCGGCCAUUUGGGUUCAAGCAUCUAUGGUCGAAGGAUACGGUGAUAUGCCUACAACAGACAUGGAUCAAUCCGUGCUUGACGAGCUUCUUCCCGGGAACCUGGAGGAGCAGAAUUACGUGCGGCAGCUGAAAUUCGGGCUUCACAGACGUCGAGUUGAGGUAGUCAAGGAAAUUGCGUCAAGCUCUUCACCGGCAGUUAUAGUACUCGAUUUGUGCGUUGUCGACCCGGCAUAUCAGCGGCUUGGGAUUGCCACAAAGCUGGUGGAAUGGGGAGUAUCAGAAGCUAAAAGACGCGGCGGAUUGGAGUGUAUUUUGGAGGCAUCCAACAUGGGUAGGCACGUUUAUAAGAAACUUGGAUUUCAACAAGAAGGUAGCGAGUUCGAGUACCAAGUUGAUGAGCAGUUCCAACAUCGCGACCGCCCAUCGAAUAUUUUUAUGCGCACAGGGUACCUGGGUAUACGAGACUAUGCAUAG